CUGCUUCUGUCUACAUCUAUGGAUCGAGAUGUGAAAUGUUGGGAUCUGGGCUCCAUUUCUUGCUGUUGGUCAUUGAGUUCCCUGGGAGGCUUUGUGUACAGCCUGGCUUUUUCCCCUGUCGCUGCCGGAUGUCUGGCCGUUGGAGUAGGUGACAGUAUGAUCCGUGUGUGGAACACUAUGUCUGUGGUGAACUCGUAUGAUGUGAAAACACUGUGGCAAAGCAUCAGGUCCAAAGUCACUGCACUUGUACAAUAGCAGAUAAUAGGAAGAAUUGCAGUUAGUUGUCUGUGAAUUUGCUCCUUUUUCUCUCUCUAGGCCCCCACAGAUCUCUAGCACUUAUCAUAAAAAGACUGUGUACUCAAUGUGCUGGGGUCCACCACUGCCCCCAUUCUCAUUUGGAGCAGAAGGGGACCGACCUUCAUUCACCCUGUACAGCUGUGGUGGAGAAGGUAUCAUUUUUUCCAGCAUCAUCCCUGGAAACUUACCUUGGAGGCUCAGGAUAUUAACAAGCUGAUCCGAGACACCAAUAACAUUAAGCACAAGUUGCCUGCACACACCGAACUGAGCUGGAAACCUGACUCACAGCACUUAGCCAUUGGCAAUGAAGAUGGGAGUAUUGAAAUUUUCCGGGCGCCAGUGCUUCAGUUGAUCUGCACUAUCCAGCAACAUCAUAAACUGGUGAAUGCUCUUCGCUGGCAUCAUGACCACAGUGCGGAUUCAAACCUAAGCUUUCUCCUGGCAUCAGGAUCCAACAACGCUGUGGUUUACGUGCACAGCCUAAAGGGCGCACUGGAAAACUUCUCUGAUACCCCCAGCACCAUCACAGAGCCUUACCGAACCCUGUCUGGGCACACAGCAAAGAUCACAAGUCUUUCAUGGAGCCCUCACCAUGAUGCCAGACUGGCAUCUGCCAGCUAUGAUGGUACAUCACAGGUUUGGGAUGUUCUACAGGAGGAACCUCUCAGUAACUAUCGUGGGCACAAAGGGAGGCUUCUCUGUGUCCAGUGGUCUCCGGUAGAGCCAGACCAGGUGUGGACGGGAGCAGAUGACUUUUGCUUGCACAGUUGGUCCAUAUCCAGGCAGGAGCACAGCCGACCACCGAAAGGAAAGAAAGCUGUUGACAUGGAAAAGAAAAGAUCCUUGCAACCCAAAGUCAAGCCAAAGAAAAAGAAAAAGACAGACGGUCUUAAUCAAGACUCUGGAGGUAAUGCAGUUAGAGAAGAAAGUGAAAGUCCUCUCUCUCUAACACAAAAUGGGACAUCGGAUCAAGAAGAGGAACAGGGAUCCAUAGAAACCGUAACCGAGAUAGUAAACGAGAACAAGACUACACCACAGGAAGUUACAGCUACAAUAGAGUCUGACACUGUGCCAGAUCUGCCAUCAUCAUUGCCCACAGUGGAGGGACGUAGUCUCAGUCCAACCAUAAAAAGAGUGCCUGUUAAGAAGGAACAUGUAAAAGAAAAAACAGACACACGUGGAAGAAAGAAAAAGUCUCAGUCUCUCCUUCCUGUUAGUACCGGCAAAGAUCACCGGUCUAAGGAAGAACAGCAUCGAGAUUGUGUGAAACUGGCAGCGGCGGUUUGUACCAAAGAAGCUGAUGGAUCCCAAGCCCUGCUGGAAGAUUCUGUUCACCUUGGUCUGUAUAGUGAUCGAGCUGCUCUGCAUCGGCUCAUGGAAGAAGAGGGCAAAGCACAUCUUGAGGGUGGACACCCUGAGCUGCAGCACCACAUCAUGUUGUGGAAAGGGGACCUGAAGGGGACGUUACAACUUGCUGCAGAGAGGGGAGAGCUCACAGACCAACUGGUGUCACUGUCUCCCAUGGCUGGAUACAAGGUCUGGGUUUGGACAGUUGAAUCCUAUGUGAAGCAACUUUGCUUCCAGGAACAAUACACAAAAGCUGCUUCCCACCUUCUGUCUAUUAACAAAGUAUACGAAGCUGUUCAACUACUGCAAGGAAACCAUUUCUACAGGGAAGCUAUUGUUGUGGCUAAAGCACGCCUGCUCUCGGAUGACCCCAUAUUACGGGAGCUGUACACCAGCUGGGCUGCAGUGCUGGAGCAGGAUGGACACUACGCCAUGGCUGCCAAGUGUUACUUAGGGGCAUCCUCUCCCUAUGAUGCAGCUAAAGUCCUGGCCAAGAAAGGAGACCUGCUGUCUCUGACCACUGCAGCUGAACUAGCAUUACUUGCAGGAGAGAAGGACUUGGCCGCCUCCUUCGCCUUGCGCUGUGCACAGGAACAUGUCACUGUGAAGAACUGGGUUGGGGCCCAGCAAUGCCUACAGCCUCAUUCCAGCCUGCUGGGGCAGAGGCUGUUACUCUGUACCAGCGAGCUUCUUUAUAGUCAUAUUGCGGAGAAGACUGGGAUAGACUGGAAGACGCAGGCUUCCCCAUGUUUUCAUGAAUGGGCUGGCAGCGGCGGUGAGGACACUUUCAUGAGUAAACUCACCGGAGUUUGGCAGAAGGAGUAUGGAGUAUGUACAGCAGAUCAGUAUACUGAGGCCUAUCAGCAACUGUGUUCAUCUGAGACCCCUCCAAGCACUGCUAAUACCAUCUCUAGACAGCUGCUGCUACACAUCUCCCAGGAGGUGGCACUGUCAGCUCUCAGUUACCUCCUGAGGAACUGGGAUGAGGCUGCACCUGCCUUACUUCGCAGCCUCUACAGAUGUCAGCAAGCUGGGCAUUUCACUCUAAUGCAAGAUAUUGCUCGACUUUUGCUUCCAGAUGGCUGUGAGGAGCUGAGGAGUAACCUCAAUCCAGACAAUAAACACAGUUCUGCUGCUUUUGAAAGUCUCCAGGCGUACUUGGCUUAUAUGAAGCUGUAUGAGCUAUGGUGGAGUUGGAACAUGGGCCGCAAAUCGCAGGAGAUCAAGAUGGAGACCUCUGCUGGAAUAGAGGACGAUGUCUCAGGAGCAGUAGAGGACGUUCCAGAAAAAAUGUCUGAUUUUGGGGUGCUAUUUUCAGAACUGCACGUUGGCUUCCAGAAUGCACAACGGGAGAUUGCAGACGUUCAAAGGGCUCUGCGAGAGAUGAUACAGCAGCAUCAGAGGAGCCGGCAAAUCCAAGAUAACUCACUGGAGUUAGAACAAGACCCCGAUACGGCCUCAAUCCCAUCUCCAGAAGAAUGUCCUGACAGCAGAAGCCAAAUCUCCGCCCCAAGUCCUGUCUCCCUGGCUGAACUGAUGAAGAAACUUUCCUCUGCAAACCAUAAGUUAGCUGAAUAUCCAGAAUAUUUAAAGGUCUUGCCAUUUCCAGAUGUACUGGAGAGUUGUCUGGUGCUACUUAAUUUUCCUUCUUCGAAACUGACCUCUGAGUUACAGGCUCAAGCAAUAGAACUCCUACAGAGACACAGCUCAGGGUCACCUGAUCACUACAAAGUGGCCAGCAAGUUCCUGUCGUCAUCAUCAUCAUCAUAA